AUGAAUACGUUUUUAAAGAAAAGGUUUGUUGCUUGUUUCCUCCAUCUAUUAUAUUACAUUGCAGAAUCCAAGUCACCUUUAACAAUUGAAGUAGUUGUGAGUGCCUCUGUCACUCUCCGGUUCUCUGGAUCAUGUGAUGGUGCCGUCGAAUGGAAGUAUCGUCAGAUAAUGGCGCAACAACAACUUCUGCCUCCCACAUUGGUCGCUCAUCUUGAUCAAGGUACUGGCCGACUCACACCAGGAGAGGGCUUUAAGGGCCGGGUUGAACUCGGUCACAGAGACCUCGAUCUCAAAAUCACCUCUGUUGUAUAUAACGACAAUGGAUGGUAUGAGUGUUACUGCAACAGUACCCAACAUCCACGGGAUGUUGUACUAGUGGUAAUGGCCUCCAUUGAAAAAGCUGCUCAUGUUGGCGAAAAUGUGACAUUUACCUGCCACGGCUCAACCGGUAAACAAACUCCUGACAGUGAGGUACACUUCUAUUGGGAAAAGGAUGGACAGACUGUGCUGAAUGUCACGGCAGGGCAUUUUGUCGUUGACCAUGAGUUUAAGGACAGGGCAUCAGUAUCCUUGGAUGGUUACCGACGCGGAGACCUUUCCCUCACCCUCACUGACGUGCGCCUCUCUGAUAAGGGGAAAUACCAGUGCUCCUUCAUCACCGCUACUGAUAGGCGGAGACAGAGAGGACAUCCAGACUCUUGGGAUCUCACUGUCACUCCCAAAGCUAAAGAAAAGCAAUCAGAGGAGGCUGGAACAUUAUCCAUAUAUAUAGGGGUUAUUGGGGUUGUAGCAGUUUUGGUGGUGAUAAUCCUACUUGGGGUUGUUGUUGGUGGCAAAGAGUGGUUCCAAAGGAUUUGUUCAAGAUUUCAAUCCUGUUGCUGUCCAGAAGUGGGAUCACGCCCCCAGCAGGAUACUGAGAGCGCAAACGUUACGAUUCCAGAAGAGCACCAUGAGAGGCCUACUGAUCCUAUGGAUCACGGGUUGCCCCUGUUAAUGGUGAUCAGAGCGAGGGGUGAAUGAUCCACCUGUCCAUGUGGAACAAGAUAGGGAGCAUGAGGCAGAAAUGGAAGAAGACAAGAGUGGGACCGGGCCACGUGUUUAUUUUUCAUCAGAUUCGACCGCUGUCAUCAGAGCUCCGGGAGGACCUCUUUCUGCCCCAGGCCUAG